GCGAGCCAGGAACUUCAUUCCCCUCCUCAGUGUCAGGACCGCAGAAAUUAUGCCCCUUCUCUCACCAUGAGCUGGCUCUCCAGUUCCCAGGGAGUUGUUCUCACUGCCUACCACCCCAGCGGCAAGGACCAGGCCCUGGGGGGGAGCCAUGGCAAGGGAGGGGAGGAAGCCACCGCGAGUCGCAGACAUGGCCAGUAUACUAUGAACCAGGAAAUCACCAAAGUUACAGAAAGGCCUCCAUUUGAUCGAUCAAGUUCCCAGGAUUCUUUGGAUGAAGUAUCUAUGGAGGCCUAUUGGACCGAAGUAGAAAAUAUCAAGAAGUCUAGUGAAAACAGGCAAGAACAUCAAGAGGUGGUGGUUGUCAAAGAGCCUGAUGAGGGAGAAUUGGAAGAAGAGUGGCUUAAGGAGGCCGGUUUGUCCAAUCUCUUUGGAGAGGCUGCUGGAGAUCCCCAAGAAAGCAUGGUGUUUUUAUCCACACUGACCCGGACGCAGGCGGCAGCUGUUCAGAAACGAGUAGAGACUGUCUCCCAGACCUUGAGGAAAAAAAACAAACAGUACCAGGUUCCUGACGUCAGAGACAUAUUUGCUCAACAGAGAGGGUCAAAAGAAAGGGAGCCUCCAGAUGGCGCAGAAUCAGAAUCAGAAUCAGUCAGAACCGAUGAAAACAAAUACCAAGGAAAAGAUGAUCAGGCAUCUAGCCUAGUUGUUGGUGAAAAGGAGCUGACCCCACUGGUGCCUGAGGAGGCACCUUCCUCUGAAACAGACAUCAACCUGGAGGUAUCAUUUGCAGAGCAAGCUGUCAAUCAAAAAGAGAGCUCCAGAGAGAAGAUCCAGAGGAGCAAAGGCGAUGAUGCCCUGUUACCUAGUUUCAGAUUGCCAAAAGACAAAACGGGCACCACCAAGAUAGGUGACCUAGCACCCCAGGACAUGAAGAAAGUUUGCCAUUUAGCCCUAAUUGAGCUGACUGCCCUCUAUGAUGUAUUGGGUGUUGAACUGAAACAACAAAAAGCUGUGAAAAUCAAAACAAAAGAUUCUGGCCUUUUUUGUGUUCCAUUGACAGUAUUGUUAGAACAAGAUCAGAAGAAAGUACCAGGAACUCGAAUACCCUUGAUAUUUCAAAAACUGAUCUCUCGCAUUGAAGAGGGAGGUUUGGAAACCGAAGGCCUCUUAAGAAUACCUGGAGCUGCCAUUCGAAUCAAGAAUCUUUGCCAAGAACUAGAAGCAAAGUUUUAUGAAGGAACUUUUAAUUGGGAAAGUGUCAAGCAGCAUGAUGCCGCCAGCCUGCUGAAGCUCUUCAUCCGGGAGCUGCCCCAGCCACUGCUCAGUGUAGAAUAUCUCAAAGCCUUUCAGGCUGUGCAGAAUCUUCCAACCAAGAAGCAACAACUACAGGCUUUGAACCUUCUUGUCAUCCUCCUGCCCGAUGCAAACAGAGACACACUCAAGGCCCUGCUUGAAUUUCUCCAAAGAGUCGUAGACAAUAAAGAGAAAAAUAAGAUGACAGUUAUGAAUGUAGCAAUGGUCAUGGCCCCAAAUCUCUUCAUGUAUCAAACAUUGGGUUUGAAGUCCAGCGAACAGCGAGAAUUUGUAAUGGCAGCUGGGAUAGCUAAUAUCAUGCACUUAUUGAUUAAGUAUCAAAAAAUUCUGUGGACAAUUCCCAAGUUUAUUGUCAACCAAGUGAGGAAGCAAAACACUGAAAAUCAUAAAAAAGAUAAAAAAGCCAUGAAGAAAUUGCUGAAGAAAAUGGCUUAUGACCGGGAAAAAUAUGAAAAGCAAGAUAAGAGUGCAAAUGAUGCUGACGUUCCUCAGGGAGUGAUUCGAGUGCAAGCUCCCCAUCUUUCGAAAGUUUCCAUGGCAAUACAGCUAACUGAAGAACUCAAAGCCAGUGAUGUACUUGCCAGGUUUCUCAGCCAAGAAAGUAGUGGGGUUGCCCAGACUCUCAAGAAUGGAGAAGUUUCUUUGUAUGAAAUUGGAGGAAAUAUUGGGGAACGCUGCCUCGAUGACGACACUUACAUGAAGGACUUAUAUCAGCUCAACCCCAGUGCUGAGUGGGUUAUAAAGUCAAAGCCAUCUUAGGAGACUUACGCUCCAGAUAACCACGAGGGCUCCCUUAGUCAUAUUUGCUGGGUCAAGAGUGUAAAUAAAAGAAACGGAGCAACUCUUUCAUUAUUCAAAUGUACCCGACUCUUGAAUAGUGACACACUCAAGCCUUAAAAAGUUAUAGAUUUGUGCUGCUGCCAGAUUAUGUUAAUUAUUAUUAUUCAUAUUAUUAUUAGAAAACAUCCCUGGAGGGAGAAGAAAGGGGCUUAAUUAGCUUGCAGGCUAUUUUCAUACACUCUGUGGAAUGUGUCCAGAUGUGACAUUGCCUUUUUAAUAUGAAAAUAUACUCUGUUCCCUCUCUUUUUUCUCCUAAAAUGAUAUAUAUAGUAAUAUAUGGUUUUCCCCCUUUCUCUCCUCCUAACAUCUGCAUUUCCCCAAAAUGGGUUUGCUUUUCAACCAAAAAGGUAACAAAUACCAGGUAUGGCAAGUUGUGAAGACAGUACAUCUUAAACCAGACCGAAUUCAACAGUAUUUCUGUCACUAUCGAACGUUAAUAUUCAUUUCCUUGAUCAUUUGUUCAAACAAUAGCAUCUCACUUCUUGCUGCUGUAUCACAUGAAGUGAUUUGCAUUUUUUUCAGUUCAUCUGACAUAUGUGCACAGAACUGUAUCCACUAUUAAGAAAACAGAACUGUCAGAAACUGCCAAUUCUUACUGCACCAUUUAAGACUUACACACUCGGAAUAAAUGAAAUAUAUCCAUGUGGAAUAACUGGAUUAUGGAUAACAAGAGUGAAAGCCAGAUCACUUCAUGUAGGCUGUAGUCUUCUAAAUGAAAUUUAGAAAGUCAUAGCUGGCUUUACCUGUUGUCAUAUUAGCAGUACAAAUAUGCAUGAUAGUAUGAACCAGUAAUUGUUGAGAAUGUAUUCUGCUGAAAGAGGGAUUUCUUUUUUUUUUUUCCUCUCAUAAAUAAGUCAGCAGGAAGAGUUAUUCUUCUGGGUAUGACACAGUCAUAUGAACAAGCUUUUGUUUGUGUACUUAUUUUAAAUAAUCAGAGCAGAUUUAUUAAAAUGCUGUGGAAAGGACUAUUCCCAGGGAUUUUAAUGCACAAACCAUAUUGUGACAAGAAAUGAGCCUCUGUACUGUACAUAAGAGGAAUGAAGUGAGAGAGAAAUGUUCAAUAUUUUAUGAGUGUAGAGUGUAGUAAAUAAAAGGUGAUGUAAAUGAA